AUGCCUUCCUUUAACCUGUAUCUUCUGGCAACAAGCUUGACUCUGUCGUCGGCCUUUGCCAAGCCCAAUGUCGUCCCCCGUGACGACACCCCCCAACUACCCUAUGAUUCAAACACCACUCCAUACUGCACUUUGUGGGUAGACGAUGAUAGUUCAAGCAAGUGUGCUGAUAUCCCUGGCUAUUGGGCUAUAUCGAUGGACGACUUUGUCCGAUGGAACAGAAAUGAAGACAAGUAA